UGUGUGUGUGCGUGUGCGCGCGCGCGCGAGGACGGGGAUGGUGCCCGCAGCCUCCGGAGUUCCUUGCUCAGUGAGAUUCAGGGGCUGGCAAGCCCCCUCUGGCGGAGCUGAAGAACCUGCACGUGUCAGCAAGAAGUGAGCCGGAGAAGGGACGUUUCAACCGUUGCCAAGAUGGGCAUGAGGAUUAAGCUGCACAGCACGGACCAUCCCAAUAACCUGUUGAAGGAACUGAACAAGUGCAGGUUGUCGGAGACGAUGUGUGACGUCACCAUUGUGGUGGGUAGCCGCUCCUUCCCUGCACACAAGGCGGUGCUGGCGUGUGCAGCUGACUAUUUCCAGAACUUGUUCCUCAAUGCAGGGCUGGAUGCUGCCCGCACUUAUGUGGUGGAUUUCAUUACUCCAGCCAACUUCGAGAAGAUCCUGAGCUUUGUCUAUACCUCAGAGCUCUUUACAGACUUGAUUAAUGUGGGUGUCAUUUAUGAGGUUGCUGAAAAAUUAGGGAUGGAUGAUUUGCUGAAGGCCUGCCACUCUACCUUCCCAGACUUGGAAAACUCAGUCAUCACUAAACAGCCAUCUGUCUCGGGUGAAAGCCGGCCAAGUGGGGCUGUGGCUGAGCCAAACCAUUCCCUGGGUGAAAUUCGGAACAGUGGGGAGCAUGUGGGACUAGAGCGGAAUUGCAGUACACACGGCGAAGUGGCCGGGAGCUAUAAAGAAGAUCCUGCGAGUGAGGCCAGUCAUAACUUAAUGCAUCCACAGACACCUAAAACUGAAGAACAGGACUCGUCAGCACAGUUCACCGGGGCCAUGAGCAUUAUGACACAGGCUGGCCUCAGCAACAUCAGCAUGGCCGUUCAAACAACAGUCAGCAAUUCUUGCCAGCCGUAUAAGAUCCAGAGCAACGGGGAUUACAGCAAAGGCAGUUUUUUUGCCUCCGAUGCCUCGCUGGAUAUAUCCACGGGCAGCAACUCUUGCCUGAGCAAUAGUGACCACUCCAAAGAUCAGGGCUUCGGGCAGAUGGAUGAGCUGCAGCUGGAAGACCUGGGGGAGGAGGAGCUACAUUUUGAGGACCCCAGUGAGGAGCUAGGUGCUGCGGAGGAAGUGAUUGAGCUGAGCGAUGAUAGUGAGGAGGAGCUUUCCUUUGAGCAUGACAACCGGGAUAACAAGGCCAUGCCUUGUCAAGUGUGCAAAAAGGUUUUGGAGCCCAACAUACAGCUGAUCCGCCAGCAUGCCAGGGACCAUGUGGACCUCUUGACUGGCAACUGCAAGGUCUGCGAGACCCAUUUCCAAGACAGGAAUUCCCGAGUCACACAUGUCCUGUCCCACAUUGGGAUAUUCCUUUUCUCCUGUGACAUGUGUGAGACUAAGUUUUUUACCCAGUGGCAGCUCAACCUCCAUCGCCGAGAAGGGGUGUUUGACAACAACAUCAUCGUCCACCCCAGUGACCCCCUGAUGGGGAAGGUCAACUUGUUCGGUGGGGAUUUUGCAUGCGCUGCUUGUGGGAAACCACUGGCCAAAGACUUCCAUGUAGUUCGGGAACACAUCUUGGAUCAUGUGAACCUGAAAGGCCAGACCUGUGGCGUGUGUGACCUGCGGCACCUCAAUCUCUGCAGCCUGAUGUGGCACACACUGUCCCACUUGGGGAUUUCUGUUUUUUCUUGCUCUAUUUGCGCCAACAGUUUUGUGGACCGACACCUUCUGGAGAAGCACAUGGCAGUCCACCAAAGCAUGGAAGAAGCCCUCUUCCGGUGUCACUACUGCGGCCAGGCUUUCAAGCUGGAAGCUGCUUACCGCUACCACGUGAGCCAGCACAAGUGUGGCUCCAGCUUGGAUCUGGUUCGGCCCAGCUUCGGUGACCGGCUCCACCAGCAAGCUCUACAGAAGAGGAAGCUGACUGAGGAGUUCCUAAGUGAGGAUAUGUCUCUCCAAAACCAGCCUGGGAACAGUAAGUAUAGCUGCAAAGUGUGCGGAAAGAGGUUUGCUCACACCAGUGAAUUCAAUUACCACCGGCGGAUCCACACAGGGGAGAAGCCCUAUCAAUGCAAAGUGUGCCACAAAUUCUUCCGUGGGCGUUCCACCAUCAAGUGCCACCUGAAGACACAUUCUGGGGCCCUUAUGUACCGGUGCACAGUUUGUGGCCACUACAGCUCCACCCUUAACCUUAUGAGCAAGCAUAUAGGUGUGCACAAAGGCAGCCUUCCGCCUGAUUUCACCAUUGAGCAAACAUUCAUGUACAUCAUCCAUUCCAAAGAUACGGAGAAAAACACAGACAGCUGA